AAGAAGAAUUUACAUAAUUUAUAAAAAUGCGUUCAUUCGAUUCGCCGUCGUAUAAUGAAAACCAAAUCAAUCAUGACUCUUAUCACAAAACAGUUCAAGAACAUGUAAACAUGUUGAAAAACAACAAAAUUGAUGAAAUUCGAAAACGGAUGCUAGAUAUUUUGGAAAAGAGCAAUCGAGAUGUUCUUACGUCUUCUUGUGUUGAGAUUCACAAAAUACCGAGUCUUUAUGAUGAAACGAUUCAAUUCUCAAAAGAAGAUUUGAACACAUCCAAUCCUCGUGAUGUAAAUGAUGAAUUAGGAGUUCAAAUCGAUGUUUGUCUUGGCGUUUAUGAUACAGGUAACGACGUCAGUUUGUCUGAUGAAGAAGCGAAAAGCAAAGGUAUAACUAUAGUAAACUACGAUGAGGACAAAUUGGCUGCUUUCGAAAGUGUUUCUGCAAAAGAUUGUUGUAUAAAACAAAUUUCUUGUAAAAAAACUAAAUGA